AUGCGCCAAACCAAGAUCCAUUGCGUCAUCCCACACUUUUCCCAAGCCCAAGCAAGAAACCGCUCUCUAUUCGCAUCUUACACCUAUUACAAGCCCUUAACUUCGAACAACCCUACUCAGCACUGUUUUUCUCACCAUCUUCCUACAAUAAGUCCAAGGACCAACCUCAACAAGCGCAGCCUCUUCCCCGCAGAACCUCCGACCCGAUCUUCACUACCCAUCUCGAACCCCUCCAGGCCCUUCUCAACCUCCCCACACACCAUGUCCUCCGACGACGCCUACAUGUCCUUCCUGGAUAAGGCCAACAAAGACGUGAGCGGGGACCAAUCCCAGCAAGGGGCCUCCGUUAAGACCGAGACCGUGCACAGCUCCGUUUCAGUCCCCAAGAACCUGAAAUCUGUCGAUGCCUACUACGUCUCUGAUACGGACGAGCCAUUUGAGCCUGUCGCGCUCAAGUGGGAUGGAGCCGCAAAGGGAGCCUGGCCUAGUACUGCUGAGCUCUCUUCUCUGAUCUCCCCAGAUACCAACCUCUCUAUCUCAACUCUGUCCCCCUCCUCCUUCGACCCCAAGAACCAGUACUCCGCCGUCUUGGAUGCUGUGCGCGCUGCGGCUGAGAGUGACAAAUCUGAUAACCUGAAGGUCUAUCGGGUUGAAAUCACCAGUACAAAAGUCGAGUACUGGGUUCUGGCAUUGGAUAAGCCGGAAAGUCGCCUUGUCGGGCUCCGUGCGAAGGCUGUCGAGUCCUAA